ACCCACACACACAGGACAUAAGCAGCUCCGGCAGCACCGCACAUCGGACUACCGGAGCAGCGGGCUGACUGGCGGACGACUCCCCGGGUAACAGAGCGACUCCUCCGGAUCUCCAGACUGGUCGUCAUCGUCACACUGCGGAUUUUACCCCCCAUCCCGGUCUCUCUUUGUGAGCGGGCGUUAAAGUCCUGCGGUUCUUUGGGCUUUUCCUACAACGGGGGAGUGAAGAUUCCCUCUGUCCAUCCGCCGCCGCCCCCCCCCCCUCCUCCCACCACCUCCCCGCUGCCCCGCCGCGCACUCCUCCGGUUGAACCGCACCGGUCGGACUGGGAGAGAAGCGACAGCCUCCAUCAGCGAGGUAGAAAAGACCCGCGUUGAGCCGCAGCCAUGGAUGAGUGGGACGUGCCCCAGAUGAAGAAGGAGGUGGACAGCCUCAAGUACCAGCUGGCCUUCAAACGAGAGAAGUCUUCCAAAACGGUGACUGAUUUGGUGAAGUGGAUAGAGGAUGGCGUCCCGGAGGAUCCCUUCCUGAACCAGGAGCUAAUGAAGAACAACCCGUGGGUGGAAAAGGGAAAGUGCAUCCUUCUCUAGAAGAAACCAUCCAGCACUGCUACGACCUUUCACCUUUAACCACUCUGACCAACAAGCAACUAAAGAUGACCCCGCCCCCUGGACCUGACCCUCCUGUGGGCCAGCGCCCCCUAUGCUCUCACGUUGAAUGUACAGCUGAUGUCUCCCCCUCCCUCCCUCUAAUUUCCCAACACUACCACUCCAACAAGGGCACAAAGACACACACACAUAAAACUCACCCUCCCGCCACUUAUCCACUGCAAGUUUAUUCCUGCAUAUGAUAUAUGAUGAUGAUCAAUACUCCUAUUACAUGUCUACGUGUGAUACAUCAUAUUUAUGCCAGUCAACACGCUUUCUACAACUCUUCAUUGUGUGCAUAGCAGCUUUUUAUUUAUGGUUUUCUUCCAUUUUUGAUAUGUUGUAAUUUAGUGACCCAUUCUGACUGCCAAUCUGACCGCUGGGUGAAUUUGAGAUAUUUAUACCACUUACAAACAGAAGAAUAGCUUGAAGAAGGAGUUAGCUCGCUAACGACUAUCCGUGACAGGAACACUCACAGAUGGAUAAUUCGCAUUUUGUGUUUUGAGCAAUUGGAUUCUUGGAUGCAUAUCCUAGAAAACGUCAUGUGAUGCAUUUCAUUAUCACUAAUUUGAAAUCUGUAUAGGUUAUUGUGUUACAUUUACAAAUCAUUAACCAAUUGCACAAUCAUGUUAGUGUGUUAACCACAAAUCUACCUAACAAAUUAGGUCACCGUUGCAGAUGCGAUUUUUGAAAGACAAAAAAGACAAAUUCCCGCAUUUGUUGCUUACGAGCGUCUUAAUUAAAGAAGUACAGGUUGGCUCGACCAUGUUGGAAGGCGAGUAGGUUGUUGCGUGGGUACGGUUGGACUCCAAGUGUACCCCCUAGGCGCCAUCUUGGCCUCGAGGUCGGCCUGUGUCAUCGGGGCAGAAAGGUUGACUGUUCUCUGCUGGGGUUGUGAGAGCAGGAGCGAGCGAUGGGUCUCUGGGGGGUGGUGUGGGUUGAGUUUAGUGCUCCUCCUCCAUAGUGACGGCCCCCUCCCCACCUCGGAAAAACAGAAACGCGCCGGCAGUCGGCAUUGGGCAAAAACGUGCGCACACAUGCACACACACAAACACACACACACACCAGCUCUCUCCACUGACCCCUCUAACUUAUUGACUUUUAUUUAUUUGUUUAUUCAUUAAGAAGCCCUUUCUUGUCAUCUUGGACUUUGUAGCCUCUAACACCACAAGAAAAAAAAGAAUAAAUAAGAAAAGACUACACUUGCCGAGCACCAUGUACUACUGCCUUGUACACAGUUUACUUAAAACAAGAAUGUAAUUACGUGGCAUGAUAACCACUGACCUCAGAAUUGGCCUCUGUGUGCGUGCACGUGACCGUAACUGUGUUUGUGUGUGUACCUUCUUUUUGUGUGCAUAAAUUAAACAUUAGGCUUUCAUGGAUUGUGAAGCACACAAACACACACACACACACCAACACACUGUACAUGCUCACACAGGCAGACCUAAGGUAAACAAAUCACACACACACACACACACUGCUUAUUGAGGGAGGGUAUCAGGGAGGAGUGGGAGGGAUGUGGGAUGGUCUAGAAGACCUCACAUCACCUCACUACUGUAAAGAGUCUCAUGAGACACACUUUCUUCUAGAUGACCUGUUUCCCUGCAGGCUACUCAUUCUUUAACAGGACUUCAGAUAUUUCAUUUCUAUCCUCCAAUUCAACAUGUAUUCAGUGCAUGCAAACCGUCCAUACAAUUUUGAUGUUUUUAAUCAAACACGUUAGCCUCCAUCUUAGACCUGAGCUUCAUAGGGGCCGUUUACACACACCAUCCCCUGCUGUCACUAAAUAACCAAAACCUGAGUGCAGUGGCGAUGAUGAUGAUGAUGAUGAUGCGGUAAUUUAGCCAUCAUCUAAAAAAAUUAAUGCGACGACUUGCUCCAUGUCUGACGUGCGCAGAUUCCAUCCUACUGACAGGUUUUAGAUUUAUUGAAAUACUCGUUGUGAGCAAAUGAAAGGAAAUCACUAGUGUAAAAGCUGUGUAGCUGAAGUGAGGCCAGAGAAUUACGACGAUCAACAAUAAGCACAUGUGCAACCAUGACGACUCCGAAUGGAGCCGUUUCUGGGGCUCCGUGUUUCACUGGCAUGUAGAGUAUGCAGCUUUCUUAUUUGGCUUUCAUUGGAUUUAAAUGAGUGGUUACUAGUUGACAGAAAGAUACGUGUAUAAAUCUAGCCUUGUAGUUCCACGAUUAAUGCAUGUAAGAGCGGCCUCCGUGGUACAAGGACGCGAAGUUCUGGUUUGCAGGUUUGCAGCUUUUAUUUUUAUUCCCUGUGCCGAUAUCCUCUCACGUCUCUCAAAUGAACGUGAGAGGAUACCCGAGGCGGCCUGUCCCUUCCCUGUUUUUCUGUUUAGCUUUGUUUGGUUUGUUUUGAUAUAACCUGAAACAUACGUAUGUAAGUUAUUACUAUUAUAGUGACAGCGUAAGAGCUUAUCAAGCAACAUAUUCCUCGUAACAGUGCUUUGUGAAAAAAAACUAAAUUAUGCAUCAGAUCAAACCUAGUGUAAAGAUGACGAUGAGCAAUAAAUUGAAGAUUAUUUUUUAUUGGAUGUUUUACAAAAAACAUUUAUCUUACUGAAUAAAGUAGAGCAUUUUUAGACUA